UCCUCUUCUCUCUCUCUUUUUCUCUUUCUUUUUAUUUUUCCAUUAUAUGCACAGACCGAUUACUUCUCUCACUUCUUCCUCUGUAAAACCCUAAUUGUCAAUUGCUCUCUCUCUCUCUCUCUCUCUCUCUUUAUCUCUCUCUAAAACCCGAACUUUUCCCUCUCAAUCUCUGUUGAAUCUUCCAUCGAUCCACUUUACAAUCACUUUCCAAAACCUAACCAACCAUUUUUGAUUUUUUUCAAUCUCUCUCUCUCUCUGUGACCUGAGGCUGAAAUCGGUUCACUCUUCUUUCAAGAUCCGCAGCGAAUUCGGUGACAUUUCCAGAGUCGGGUUUCGGGUCCGGUCAAGGCUGGCGGGAAUUCGGGUCAAGUAAAUGGCGGAUCCGCCUGGGUCCCGCCCUCUUCCACACGUGUGGUCUUCUCGAGGAAGCUUCCGAACUUGUGUCUUCUUCUUCCUUUUCUUCUUAGGGUUACAGAGCUGUGACGAGUGAAGCGAACGAAAGACAUCAACAACAACGACAACAACACAAACCAACAAAAAAAAGCAUGCUGAGCGUGCUGCGUGUGCACCUCCCUUCUGAUAUUCCCAUUGUAGGCUGCGAACUCACGCCCUACGUUCUCCUCCGCCGCCCCGACAAGGGUGUCACCACCGACGAUGUUCCCGAUUCCUCCCCAAUCGAAGGCCAUUACUUGAGGUACAAGUGGUAUCGCAUACAAAGUGAUAAAAAAGUUGCUGUCUGUAGUGUACAUCCAUCUGAGCAAGCUACAUUGCAGUGCCUAGGUUGUGUCAAGGCCAAAAUACCUGUUGCCAAAAGUUACCAUUGCUCUCCUAAGUGCUUCUCAGAUGCAUGGCAGCAUCAUCGUGUUCUACAUGACCGUGCUGCAAGUGCUGUAAAUGAAAAUGGAAGUGAAGAGGAGGAGUUAUUUGGCCGCUUCAAUAGCUCAGGAUCUGCAGCUAGCUUAUCUGGUUCUGCAUCAGCUACUAGCUUGACAAAUGGUUCAACACCUUUGUAUCCUGCUGCUGUUACACAAAGGAGUGGGGGUGAAACUUGGUUUGAAGUUGGUCGCUCUAAAACAUAUACACCAACAGCUGAUGAUAUUGGUCAUGUUCUUAAGUUCGAAUGUGUUGUAGUAGAGGCUGAAACAAAAUCACUCGUGGGGCAGGUCAACACUAUAUUAACUUCUCGUGUCAUUCCAGCUCCGUCGCCUAGUCCACGUCGUUUAGUACCAGUAAGUGGAGUAGAUGUGAUUGGACAUCUAGAUUCCGAUGGCCGUCUUUCAUCCUCAGGAACUUUCACUGUGCUCUCUUACAACAUUUUGUCUGAUGUGUAUGCCACAAAUGAACUAUACAGUUACUGCCCCUCUUGGGCUCUUUCUUGGCCUUAUCGCAGACAAAAUUUGUUAAGAGAAAUAGUUGGCUACCGUGCAGAUAUUGUUUGUCUUCAGGAGGUUCAAAGUGAUCACUAUGAGGAGUUUUUUGCUCCUGAGCUGGACAAACACGGUUAUGUUGGUCUAUAUAAGAGAAAGACAAACGAGGUUUACAGUGGAAAUACAAAUACAAUUGACGGUUGUGCCACAUUUUUCCGUAGAGACAGAUUUUCACAUGUUAAAAAAUAUGAGGUUGAAUUUAACAAGGCUGCGCAGUCUUGGACAGAUAGUCAAUUGCCAAGUGCACAGAAGAAAACUGCUUUAAAUCGAUUGUUUAAGGAUAAUGUUGCACUGAUAGUGGUUCUGGAAGCAAAAUUCAGUAAUCAGGGAGCUGAUAAUCCUGGGAAACGCCAGCUUCUUUGUGUGGCAAAUACGCAUGUAAAUGUUCACCAAGAUUUAAAGGACGUAAAACUGUGGCAGGUUCAUACUCUCCUAAAAGGAUUGGAGAAAAUAGCUGCCAGUGCAGACAUUCCAAUGUUGGUUUGUGGGGACUUUAAUUCAGUUCCUGGAAGUGCUCCUCAUGCGCUUCUUGCUAUGGGAAAGGUAGAUCCAUUGCAUCCAGACUUGGCAGCAGAUCCUCUGGGUAUCCUGCGUCCCAACAGCAAGCUGGUGCAUCAGUUGCCACUUGUCAGUGCUUACUCAUCCUUUGCAAGAAUGGGGGUUGGUAUUGGUUUGGAACAGCAGAGAAGGAGGUUGGAUCCCACAACAAAUGAACCCUUAUUUACAAACUGCACUAGAGAUUUUAUUGGAACACUAGAUUACAUAUUUUACACAGCGGACUCUUUGACGGUGGAAUCCUUAUUGGAGCUCUUGGAUGAGGAGAGCUUGAGGAAAGACACAGCACUUCCUUCUCCAGAGUGGUCCUCCGAUCAUAUUGCACUCUUAGCGGAAUUUCGCUGCAUGCCUAGAGUUAGACGUUGACAUUUCACACAUCUGAUUGUUUGUCACAUUAUUGGGCUUUUGAGUCCUGGUCAGUUAGAGCCAAACCAAGAGAAAUUGUUGGUGUUUGGGCAGAUUGGACGCAGAACAAAACAUGCUUCCAAUUUUUAUCCAAGUUUUUUUGUAAGGAAGAUGUGGACAAUGGAAAAUAAUUUACUGAUCUGUCCCCACAAAAACAUGUCAUUAAUUAUGGGAUAUUAAAAAUUAGAAAGCUACACAGAAGGAUUGACCAAAACAGUCUAUAGGUGAAGAAUAUUUGUUUUAAUCAUCUUGGCUUGUUUUGGCCAUGUCCGCCAAAAUAUUUGUUUUGGUACAGAAAAAUUUCAAACUAGUUACCAAGUAGUCGAUUAUGGUGAUGAUUAUGAGAGGGUUGGCGACAAAUUCAGAUCUGGGGGCCCUAUGUCAGUAGCUGCACACAAUUAUGGUGACGAUUACAAGAAUGAGUUUGAAAUUGUGCAUUUUUUAUUCAAAUUAUAAGAGUGAGAAGGGGAGAAAACAUAGAUUUAUGGAUAAGAAGAGAAUUGGUGCUUUGAGAAUCUAUGCUCUAUCAUUAAAUAGUGGUUUUCUCUUGUUGAGUUGAAACCUGUAGAAAUUGUGAUGGCAAAUGGUUUUGUUUCUCUUGGAGCCCUCUUUUGGUUUCUCUGUUUGCUCACAUCUCCAUGUGUAACAUCUAGCCAUGUAAUAUACUUCAUUUUUUUUUUUACUCUUU